AUGGCCAUGGUUAUCUCCCAACCAGCCACGCCAGAGCGUAGCGCUGGGGCUCAGCUUGACCAGCAGUACCCGGAUAGCGUCAACUUCAGAGCUCGCCAACAGCUCCUGAAAACAGGCCCUCCAGUAACCCUGCAGCCAUUUCAACCGACCAGCAGCCCAACCCGUAGCCUUACAGCAUACGACAGGGACAGAGGACACCGCCGCAAUAGACGACUGGGCAAAGGCACCCAAGACAGCACAACCAACAGGUUUGCAGCCCUUGCAGAAGAGGAUGACGCCACAGAAACGCCUACCCCAGUUUUCGAUCUGGAAGCUGAGACGGAAGAAAUCAUCAAGACACAGAAGGAGAGACUUGACAUACGCGCUAAGGUCCUCAGAACCUACGCAGAAGCAAUAACAGCCUGCACGCGAAAAUUCACCACGGGUUACGGACUACAUAUUGCCAAUGAGUUUCAGAACACCCUCCUCCGACAUUGGAACCAGGUUGUACGCGCAGAAGAACCGCUCAUACCAGAAAAUAAGAACAGCCCCGCUCCAAGCUCACUCACAGGGACAAACAAAGCUACGCCGCCAGCGCCGGACUCCAGAGAAAACACCAGAACCGACAAGUUGGUGAGCUUCGACAACAUCGCGGAAAAUGUCUCACGCCAGGCACCAGGGGAUGUGCACGUGCAACCCCACCGCCGCCAAAACACAACUAUUGCGGAUCGCACCGAUCGCAGGGUCCUUCUCCGCUUGAAGAGUGGCUCCUCCUUCUUCGAGAAGGGCUUACAGAUCCGCCUUGCACUAAAGGACAAGCUCGCUAUUGCAUCCCAGGACAUCCAAGACAUCAAGCCAACAAAUACAGGAUGGGCAAUUGUGGCCCGGAACGAGAAAAUUCAGCAGCUCAUCCUGGAAAAGCAGAACGAAUGGGGCCUAUGUAUCGACCUAGAUAUUGCAGAGAAACAAAUCCCAUGGCACACCUACCUGAUCAAGAACUUCCCCAAGACUAUCCACUCUUGGGACGGCACCCUUCUGGACUUCGAGACAACGAUUGAAGAAGAGAUUGAAGCCCAAACAGGGCAAAAGCCAGAACGAUGGCAUGUCUCACAAAAGCCCAAUAAUGAGGAUCCGACCAGAGCAACACUGGUCAUCUCAUUCCUUAAGCCGCUGAACAGCAACUUCCGGCUACUCGGACAGGGAAACUACUCCUUUAAACUCACCAAACCAAAGAAACUGUCUCAGUGCACCCACUGUUGGAACUUUCACCCGCCAACUCGCUGCACCGCUACAAAAGUCUGUGUUCGCUGUGGCAUCAAGGAUAAUGCGCACAGCGCUGACAGGUGCGACAAUACGACAAAAUGCGCGAACUGCUGUGGCGCACAUGAAGCCAACUACGAGAACUGCUACGCCCGUCCACAGAAACUUCGCGGCAAUUUCCAGAAACUCUCAAAGACUCAGCUUAUCUACGCCAGGCAACUAGGACAAGAAGACUUCAAACGAAAGAACAAUACACAGCAAACUGACAGUGACCAACCCCCCCUUGCUGAGGAGGGUGAUGAAGACGCCCGCCCGCUACAGGAUGCCGAGAUGAGCGGCACAGAGCCAAUUCAGACAACCCAGGCCCCAGAAACACACUCAGUAAAUAUUGUUGAUCACGAAGAGAGAGAAGUAGGUACCCCACAGUGUGGUAAAUAA